AUGCCUCCACGAUUGCGCCUCUCCGUUUGUCUCCUACCACCAGCCUUGCGACAUGAAGUCCUCGCCUAUUCGCGGCGGCAUGCUGGUUCUGCGGCAACAGUAGCGACAACAUCCUCAAUAGACCAAGUAUCCCAAUCGAAAUUCGCUUCCUCACAACCUCCUCCUGCUCCUGCUGCUGCUACCUACCCCUCAUUGCAACCCCCAUCACACCGUCGCCCUGAGUUCCGCAAAUCACAGCUCCACCGCCAAUACACCUCACUCCUCCGCACAACUCCGUUAGUCCUGAUCUUCCAGCAUAACAACCUGAAGGCAGUAGAAUGGGCUGGGAUCCGCCGCGAACUUUCUAAAGCACUGCAAAAAGUCGACGAAGCACACGCCGCUGCGGGGAGACCAGAACCGCCCAUAGCUCCCCUUAUGCAGCUAAAAAUUAUUCAAACUAACAUUUUCGAAGCUGCUUUGCGUGUUGUGGACUUCUUCCGGCCCGGUGAAACGGUUCCUAGUGGCCGAGGCAAGAUUGCAGCUGCGAAGGCUGACCCCAGGUUUACCCACGAUCUCUCCCGCACUGCCUACGCCGCCGUUCUUGACAAGAAGGGCAAACAUGAUCUCUCUACCAUAUUGGUGGGCCCAAUUGCCGUGCUUAGUUUCCCCCAGGUUUCACCUGAGCACUUGAAGGCGGCCUUGACAAUCCUAUCACCCAAACCACCACAAUUCCCUGCACCAACGCGUAGAGCGAACCCGAGUCUAUACGAUUCACCUGUACAAACGGGAUUGAAGAAAUUGAUCCUGUUGGCAGCGAGAGUGGAAGGGAGGGUGUUUGAUCAGGAUCAGAUGAGAUGGGUUGGAGGAAUUGAGGGUGGCAUGGCUGGCUUGCGUUCUCAGCUCUUAUCGCUCUUGCAAGGGGCAGGAGCAAGCAUUACUACAACUUUAGAUGCUGCGAGUACGAGUCUAUAUCUCACCCUUGAGAGUCGGAGAAGCGUUUUAGAAGGGGAGCAGAAGGGCCCCGAGAGUGACGCUAAGAAAGACAGUGAAACCAAGACAGACGCUCCGAAGGAAUAG